AUUGUUGUUUUAUGCUUUAUUUUCCUUUCGUGUGAAAAUCUGAGACUAGAAUAGCAUCGGGCUUCUUCCGACAGUCCUCGUUCCUUUUACCCCGUAAAUCUGUCAUCAUCCAUACAUUUUUAUUAUGAAAAGCGGUCUCUUUUUGUCAAACCGUUCACCCGCUUCAGGAUUCGAAUUUAUAGAGGGGUUGCCUAUAUGUGGCCCAGCGUCGUUUGGGUUUGGCCGGGGUAGGCUGACUUGCUAAAUUAAGGUUAAAUAAAAACAUACAAAAAACACCACAGUAGUUAAAUCUUGUUUAUCUCAAAUAAGAGAAAUGGCUUAAUCUAUACAUUUAAUAUAAAGUUCACAUCUAUAAACCUAAUGUUAGAUAAGUUGUUUUGAUUGUAAAUCAAUUGAAGACACAGAAUUGGAGGAAGACAUGAGAAUGACAAAUAUACAAUAAUUGUUUGAAAUCAGUGCACAAGGCACACAAACAGGACAAUGAAAUAUUUUAUACAAUGGAGCUUUCAAAAAUGCACAUUAAUUGAUCAAAAUGUAAUUAGAGAAUUCAGCAAAGGGCUUUUUUGCUCAGAGUGAAUUAAGAGGAAGGGGGGCAUACUGUUGAGUAAUACAUCAAUGAAAAAUUAUGCUGUAUAUACAGUUAAAUAAACACCACAGAGGGACAAACGAUUGAACACAAAUAAUUACAAUUAUAUUUAAUUUACUGAAAAUGGAGAGCAACUGGAGUAGAGCAGGGGAUGGGGGUGACUGAGGGACAACCGAGCAUAGAUGUGGAGGUCAUGAACAGAGGCCUAGCUGGGCACAGGUGUGGAGAUCACAGCUUUUGUGGAGUGAUAGAUAACGAUGCUUUGUGGGUGACAAGUUGUCGAUCUGUUCAGAGGGUCCCUGACUCAAGCCCAGGUUGGGGCAAGGAGAGGGAUGGAAGCAAUACUGCUACAGAGUCAGUAGAAAUAGUCUCUUACGGUGCAGGUGAACAGCAGGUUCUGCAGGUGGAUAGCCAGGCUUUUCCACUGUCUCAUGGCCUGGUGGUGGAUGCUCCGUUAUAGUCUGCCAGACGGAAGUGGCGAGAACAGGCUAUGGCUGAAGUCCUUGGUGAUCUUCCAGGGGACAGUGCAGCUGACUUUACAUGUGGUGAUGCAGCCAGACCGGCUCCCAUCUGGUGACUUUUUGAAGAUGGGCCACCAUGUCUGCUAUGGAAAUAGGAGGGAGGAUGAGUAUAAGAUGUACAUUUUAAAACAACGUCCAACAUGAGAGCUGACAUAAUGGAAAAGAUAGUUUCGUUGUCUGAUGGAGAGCACAUCCCUGAGCUGCAGCAGUACCUCUCAUCCCUGACUGAUGACCAGCUGACCACUGUGGUCACAAACAGUGCAUUGAAGGGGAAGGACAUUGGAGCCAUGGUCAAAUCCAUAUUCAAAGGCUCUCCGCCCAGUGCCCCAGAGGGAGCGAGUCGCAGGCUGCUCCUGUACCAGCACUGCAUCCCCCUGUGUGAGUCUGGAGAUCUCCAGACAGAGGUGGCAUCAGACAUCAUUGGACUGCUGAUGCUAGAGACCCACAACCUGCCCGGCCCCUCCCUGGCACAGCUGGCGUCUCUCUUCGUUGAUGCCAUUAAGUUGGGUAAGAUGGGCAGUGGCAAAUCCCUGGAACUCUUCCCCACAGUCCUCACUGCCCUGGCUGCCACUGAGGCUCUAUCCUAUGGCAAAGGUGAGCUCAGUGGGGAAGAGUACAAGAAGCAGCUCAUCAACAGCCUCUGUUCCAGCAGAUGGGACCCACAGUGUGUGAUCCACUUGACCACUAUGUUCAGGGAUGUGCCCUUGGCACCAGAGGAGCUGCAGUUCCUGGUCGAGAAGGUCCUGAGGAUGUUCCUCAAACUAGACCUGCAGGAGAUCCCACCUUUGGUCUACCAGCUGCUACUGCUGGCUGCUAAGGGCUGUAAGAAACAGGUCCUGGAAGGAAUCAUCAGCUACUUUAAAGAGCAGGAUCUUCGCCAGAAAGAGGAACAGAAAGAUGGAGAGAGUAUGGAAGUGGAGGUUCAGUCCAUUCCUCAGGACCAGCUGAGGCAUGUGGAGGGCACAGCCAUCCUGCACAUAGUUUUUGCAGUGCGGCUUGACCAGGAGCUAGGGAGGGAGUUCCUGAAAAGUGUUAAGGGGUCCCAGGGGGAGCUCUGUCCGUUCAGCAUUGCUCUGCUGCUCUCGGUGGCCAGGAUUCAACGCUACGAGGAGCAGUUGUUUGAUUUCUUGAAGGGGGCGAUCACUAAGGGCUUCAAGGAUGAGCAUCUGCAGCAGGGCUCCAAGUUCCUGCAGGACCUGCUGCCUCAGCGCUGCAGCCUUGCUCAGAUGAUCCUGGACACUGUCAAGAACAGGGGGAUGCUAGUGUGGUACCUAAGGACACCAUCGCUGACCUUUGACCCCUGCAGUGUGUUUGGCUGGGACCAUGUGACCCAGGGGCUGGUCCAACUGGGCUUCAUCCUUAUGGACGCCUUUGGCCCCAAGGCAGGACCGUUCGGGAAGACUGCAACCGAAGGGGUCAACGCCACAGCCAAAACACCCACACAGCAGGCCUGUCGGCUGGGGGGACACAUCCUCUUGGAGGGCUUCAAGAUGCAUGAGCCAAUCAGGGGUGAGAUUCUGGAGCAAGUCCUGAACCGAUUGGUCACCAAAACGGCCUCCCCUGUCACUCAUUUCAUAGAUCUUCUCUCGGACAUUGUGGUCUCGGCUCCCAUGAUCCUUCUGGAGUCAUCAUCCAAGGUGACAGAGACGUUUGAUCACCUGUCCUACCUGCCACUGGCCACUGUGCAGGGGCUACUCAAGGCUGUCCAGCCUCUGCUGAAGGUCAGUAUGUCCAUGAAGGAUGCUCUAAUUCUCGUUCUGAGGAAGGCCAUGUUCUCCAGCCAGUUGGAUGGUAGGAAGUCUGCAGUGACGGGCUUCCUGCUGUUGCUGAAGAACUUCCGGGUCCUGGGUAGCAUGGCUUCCAGCCAAGCCAGCCAGGCCAUCUCCUCCAGCCAGGUCCAGGUGGAUGUUCACUCCCGCUACAACUCUGCUGCCAACGAGGCCUUCUGCCUGGAGAUCCUCAGCAGCCUGCGCCGAUGUCUGGGCCAGCAGGCCGAUGUACGACUCAUGCUCUACGAGGGUUUCCAUGAUGUCCUCCGCCGCAACUCUCAACUAGCAAGCUCCAUCAUGCAGACCCUGCUCUCGCAGGUGAGGCGGUACUAUGAACCAGAGCAGGACCUUCUGCCCCCAGUGAAGCUGGAGUUAUGCAUCGGUGCGCAAGGAGACCAAGUCUUCCUCCAGGAGCCUCUGGCCCAUCUGUUGAGUUGCACAGUCCACUGCCUGCUGUGGUACCAGGGCAUGCGCCGUUCAGCCCGGCCCAACGCAGGUGGGAGUGACGAUGAUGAUGAUGAAGAGGAAGGGGGAUUUCAGGAUGAGCUGCAGAGCAUCCUGGAGAGCAUCACGCGUCGGAUGAUCAAGUGUGAAUUGGAGGACUUUGAGCUGGAUAAGUCGGCUGAAUUCUCCCUGUCCAGUGUGGGGGUGAAGAACAGCAUCUAUGCCGUGCUGGUAAUGGGAGUGUACGAGGUGCUCAUCGAAUACAACUUCACCAAGGCCAACUACAGUAAGAGUCUUUUCGAGGAACUCCUGGAGCUGUUUAGUCGCUAUAACAAGCUGUCUGAGAUCCUGAAGGAGAAGUCUGGAAAGGGCAAGAGCAGCAAGAGCCCUCGAAGUCUGCUGUCCAUGGGCUUUGUGUCAACACUGCUCACUGCACUCUUCAGAGACAGCGCUCAGAGCAGAGAGGAGGCUCUGUUGGUGCUGCGAUCUAGUGGGGACUUCCUGCGUUACGCUGUGAGCGUGGCUCUGCAAAAGAUUACACAGUUGGAGGAAACUGGACACACUGACGGCCCAGACGGACAGAACACAGACAAGACCUUCCACCACCUCUGUGACAUCACUAGUGUCUUGAUGUGGCGGUACACCAACAUCCCGUGUGCAGUGGAGGAUGCUGGGAAGAAGGAGAAGCGUUGCAGUGUGUCCCUGCUGUGUCUGGAGGGCUUACUGAGGAUCUUCAGCACCGGGCAGCAGCGCUACCCAGCCAGGGUGGCCCAGCUCCUUUCUGCCAUCGAUCUCUCUGUGGAGGAAGGGAGUGAUCACGAGCCAGGGAAUGCCAGCGUCACAGAGAAGACUGCUUUCUACAUUCGCCAGUUCCAGAGGGCACUGUUUACCCAGCUGAAUGGAGGGGAGGAGGACUUCAACAGCAAGGAGGCUCAGCUCCUGGUAAACAUCCUGAGUGUGCUCUCACGCCAGCUAGAACCCUCCUCCCAGCAGUUUGUUCAAAUGAUCACAUGGACAGUGAAAAUCUGCAAGGAGACCAGCUUUGAGGACAUAGCGUUCAGUAAAGGCCUGCUCUCCCUGCUCUUCAGUCUGCACGUGCUCUACAAGAGUCCCGUCAGUCUGUUGUGGGAGCUUUGUCAAGAUAUACACAGUCAGCUGGGAGACAUCGACCAGGAUUUGGAAGUGGAGAAGCAGUCUCACUUUGCCAUCGUCAACAUGAAGACCGCCUCGCCGACAACACUCCUGGUGCUGUCUCAGGUGGGGAAAGUAUUGGAUGAGGUGGACUGGCUGAUCACCAAGAAGAAAGGCCAGUUGGUCCCUGACAGGCUCAGCUCUGGUGAUGCCACCCAGGCUGCGGGCCAGCAGGACCCAGUGGAGAAGGCGCUGACGCUGCAGCUGGGGACUCUCCUGACGGCCCUGAACGAGCUGGUCCAGACCGCCCUGCCAUCUGGAGUCUGCACCAACACACUGCUGGGAGAGCUGAGCCGUACAUACACCAUCCUCACCACUCUGGUCAAAUAUUAUAUCCAACUGUGCUCAGGCCAACAGGGCCUGCUCCCAGCACGUGUGGAGAAGCUGGUCAAACUGUCCGGCUCUCACCUGACUCCACAGUGCUACUCCUUCAUCACCUACGUGCAGAGUGGUGAGCUGGCCGGUGGAGGUGCAGAUGAUAAAAAGAAGAAGAAAAAGGAGGGGGAGGCCACUGCUACAGCAUCAGCCAAACUCCUACGUGAGACCAAGGCCAUUCCCAACCUGAUCUACAGUAUAGAACAGUAUGAGAAGUACCUCAUCACCCUCUCCAAGAAAUCAAAGGUGAACCUGAUGCAGUACAUGAAACUGAGCACGUCCAGAGAUUUCCGCAUCAACGCAGCCACUCUGGAGGCAGCGCUGCAGGAGCACGACAACAGUCAGCAAACCAUAGCCUCCCAGGAGCCAGAGCAGAGCCAGGAGCCCAAGAAGAAGAGGAAGAAGCAGUAAUGGAAAUCAAUAAUACCCUGGCCCUUCUAAACCUCUCAGUACACUCCUCUCUUAACCAGUCUGGAGUUGCCCCCAUUCAUCCGGAUGCGUUCUGAUGAUCUGCUGAGUUGGGUCGUACUCAUUAGGCCACACCGUAGCAAAAUGUUUUGCAUCAGAAAACAAAAAUGUGUGUUUCUUAUUGGACAAGUUCAGAUAGCCCCGCUUCGGACCGUUUUCUUCUAUUUAGUGCCUUAUUAUCAUGAACCUGCAUAGAACCAGUAGUUCCUAUUGAUGUCAUUGGUUUGAUGACUCAGUGCCUGGGUUGGGGCAGCUCUGGAGGACCUGUGUAUCUAUCCCAUGAAGCCUCUGGCUACACUAGCUACAUCAUAGAGGACUGCUCGGUUCACCCUGUUAUUUCCCUUUUCCCAGAGAGCCUUUAGUGAUGUCUGAUUUGGUGAAGAGUCAAUGUGUUGUUAUUCUAGGUAUACAUACUGUACAGAGAAAGAUCAAAAACGAUGUUUUGCAUUAUGAUCAUUUGUUAAAAGCUUUUACUAAGAAGAUUGAGAGCAUGUAAGAGCAUUUCUGCUGUUAUUAUUAAUUUACAGUAAAAAUGCCAUUAUGUAAACAUGUUUGUUACUUUACAAUCUGAAGAAUUAUACAUUAAAUGUAAUUGUGUGAAAUAGAUUUUUUUGUAGCCCAUUUGUGUGUUCACUGCCAGUCAACACUACUUCCUUCUGGUAUCAGUAUUUUUUUUCUAGUGUUUUGAACAGCCAAAGCUGCUGUAUACUGUUUGAGGUAACAUGGUUUGUAAAAGCAACAAACGUCUUUAUAUAAUGAAUUAAAAGAAACAUAACUUGUAGGUC